AUGGUAAUCAAAACGACCGCUUUCUCACAAGCUUCACAACUUGAGAACAAGAAGAGAUUCUUAAACUGUCUCGAGAAUAACCCAUAUGUUGUAUCCUACUAUGGCAAAAAGAUCACACUCGACAAGAAGAGUAAGAAGAUGUUAUACAACAUGAUCCUCGAGUACUGUCGCGGUCAAUGCUUCGCUAAGAAAAUCAAACGCCACAAAGGUAUCGGGUUACCGGAAGAAGAUGUGAAGAGAUUCGCUCUCGACAUCUUGAUUGCGAAGAUCUCUGGUUUUGGGAAAACAAUGGAGAAAGGGUCGAGUGAAUACGGUGAUGGAUGGGGUUAUAGGAGAGGUACGACACAGUUUAUGUCGCCAGAGCUUACAAGGGACAAGAUUCUAGACUAUGGUGCAGAUGUUUGGGCCUUUGGAUGUACGGUUUUUGAGAUGUUGACAGGAGAACUGGUUUGGAGUGAGCAUGGAGAGCUUGUUUGGGAAGAUUGGAUAACUCUCAUCGGUGUAAGCGAUAUGGUUCUAUAUGUCCAUAACUCUCCUUUGUGUAAGCAAAUCCUAUGUGACUUUAGUUCUCUAUUGAUGGGAUAUAGUUCUAUAUGA